CAGGUCAAAGUUGUCCAUCAUGGCGACCGCGGACGUUAUUGUGGACAAGUUGGCGAGUUUUUGGGGGCUUCGCUCCGCCAGACGAAACCUUCCCUGGAUAUUUAUGAUAACGUCAGUGGUGGGUUCCAUCUUGAAGGAGCUACAGCUGGUUCCGCACACCUAUUUCAGCAGCAGCAAGAACGUCCUCAACAUAUACUUUGUGAAGCUCUCCUGGGGAUGGACCCUGGCGCUCCUCAGCCCGUUUGUCCUCCUCACCAACUCCUGCGUCAGCGGCAGGAGCACCUUCCUGGGCCGCAGGCUCCUGUCUCUGGCGGUGGCGACGGCCGUCUGGUACGUCUGCACCCAGACCUUCUUCUACAUCGAGGACGCGACUGGAUCGUGUUUCCAGAGCGUCACACUGGACACCGUGGUGGAGGAGUUGACCAGCAAGUCUGCGUGCAGACGGGCCGGCUUCCACUGGCACGGCUACGACAUCUCGGGACACUCCUUCAUCCUGACCUACUCCUCUCUUUGCAUCGUGGAGGAGAUGGCUGCCGUCGUUUGGAUGAAGACUCCCGGCCUGUCUUGGUCGCUGAGGACGGUGGUGAAUCUCCUCUACGUUGCCCUGAAUCUUCUGGUGCUGAUAUGGGUUGUGAUGUUCACCUCCACCUCGCUGUACUUCCACGACCUGUCGCACAAGCUGCUGGGGACCACGUGUGGCCUGCUGGCUUGGUUUCUCACGUAUCACGUCUGGUACCACCUGCCUUUCUCCCCUGGACUGCCCCCUCAGGAGCCCUCCAGGAAUCACAAGCUCCACUCCUGAGAAGCUCUGCACUACGGUGUGGUGGUCCAAGCUGCUGUGUGCUGCCUAGAAACAAGCCACUGACGGACACUUUGUCUUGUUGAGACUUUUGAUUCCAAGUCAUCACUACAUGUUUUGGUCAGCAGUAACUUUCAUGUUUAUUAUUCUGUGUUAAAUUAAGGAACCAAUUUCUGGGUUUGUGCAAACGUCUCGCACAUCGGUGGAGGCUUUUAUUGUACCGACGGAGAAUUCACUGCUCAUUGGUGACUCAGUGAAAAUAAAAGCACUGUUUUAAAAACACUCUGCCUUUUUUAUUGAGCCGACAACG